AUGGCCAUGAGCUCCUGCACUUCACAGUUUACCACUUUGUUGUUGUUGUUUUUAGAGCCCAAAUACUGGGCUUCCAGACCUUCUUCUCUGUUUGUCAUUGCACUGACUAUCUUGGCCCUGCAAUGGCCGAAGGGAACAACGGCCUUUCCCACAAUGCCCCUCUCCAGCCUGUUUGCCAACGCAGUUAUAAGGGCACAGCAUCUUCACCUGCUUGCAGCUGACACCUUCAAGGAGUUUGAACGUUCCUACAUCUCAGAAGCCCAGCGGUACUCCAACAAAAACUCUCCGACUUCAUACUGUUAUUCCGAAACCAUCCCUGCGCCCACAGGGAAGGACGAUGCCCAGCAAAGAACAGACAUGGAGCUGCUCAGGUUUUCGCUGACUCUCAUUCAGUCCUGGCUAGGUCCUGUACGGUUCCUAAGCAGGGUGUUCACUAAUAGUCUGGUCUUUGGGACUUCGGACAGAGUGUAUGAAAAACUCCAAGACCUGGAAGAAGGCAUCCAGACUCUUAUGAGGGAGCUGGAGGACGGGAGCUCACGGGGCGCCCAGCUGCUCAGACCCACCUACGACAAAUUUGACGUCAACCUCCGGAGCGAAGACGCUCUGCUGAAAAACUACGGCCUUCUGUCCUGCUUCAAGAAGGACCUGCACAAGGUGGAGACCUACCUGAAAGUGAUGAAGUGCCGGCGCUUCGGGGAACUUAACUGCACCAUCUGAGGGCA